CUUUGCGAAACAUAUACUAAAGCUGGUCACGGCGGUCCGUCACGCCUCACUCAAGUUUUGAAUCUGUAUAUUGGGGCUAUGGUCCAGGAAAUACUGACGCAUAAAGGCGACGUAUUAAAAUUCUCGGGUGAUGCCUUCCUUUGUAUGUGGAAGAAGUCAUCAAAGAUGAAUAUGCAGGAUGUGGUACACACUGCUAUUGAUUGUGGGCUGUUGAUUCAGAAGAAUUAUGGUCGGUAUUACACAGACGUUGGUGUUACUUUAAAAGUAAAGAUUGCAAUAGCUGCCGGUUUGUCCCAGUUUUCCAUUGUCAGUGGUCACGAUCAAUGCCAAUCUCACUAUGUGGUGGUGGGACAGCCUGUGUGGGAUGUUAAAAUAGCGGAGUAUAUGAGUACCGCUGGAGAUGUUCUUACAUCAGCUAGUGCUUGGAUGUAUGUUAAUGAGUCCGAUUACUGCACGCAGCCCUGUGGCGAUGGGCGGCAUACAAAGGUAUUGGGAGUAGGGGCCACAUGGAAACGAGUUCAAAAGCUACACUCAUCUGUAAAUGUUCAUACUGGUAAUUGAAGUCCUACAACUGGAAUUAACUAUAGAGAAUUUUCCUUGAGGCCGGCUGUGAUAACAGCAAUGCGUAGUACUUGGUGGUCAGCUCUUCGGCGUUACAUGGCACCGCCAAUACUACGGGCGGUAGAUAACGAUGAACCCAUGGAUUUUUUGACGGAAAUUCGCCAUGUUGUGGUGGUGUUUCUUAAUAUUAUUACACGAACCGUCACAGAGGAUGUGCUAAUUGAAGUCGUGAAUAAUGCUUUCAAAAUUGUUUGCUGUGUAACAUCAAAAACCGGUGGUCUCGUAAACAAAGUCUCAAUGUUUGAUAAAGAUAUGAUGUUUUUGAUGGUGUUUGGUCUUCGUGGCUUAAAACAUGAAGAUGAAGCUGAGAAUGCUCUGUUGUGUGCCAACAAAUUAAAAGAACACUUAAAUGAUGUGAAUAUAACAACAGUUAGCGUGGGAGUAACGUCAGGUUCCACUUAUUGUGGAGUAGUGGGUCACGCAUUACGGCGCGAAUAUACUGUAAUAGGAUCUGCAGUUAAUAAGGUAUGAAAAGAAUUCAGUAGUUAACAUGUAAGAAAAUUGUUGAAACGGCUCUAACUAGGU